AUGGAGAAGUUCGAGGCUAAUUGGAAUCGAAAAAGUAGCAGCAGCCAGGAGCAGAGGGAGGAGGAGGAGCCGUCGAAUGGAGUGGAGGAUCUUUUCUCCGGGCCGGGCUUCAAUAAUAUUCACAGAGGUUCCAGAAUGGCCCGGGCCAGGCGGACUAGCCUUGAUUCCCUCAAUUUUCCCAAGUCAAAUGUGCCACCUCCACCUCUUCCCCCCGUAAUUGAUACUACAAAGCUGAACUAUCUUUUCAGAAAGCAGCUCAAGAACAGUGAUGUAAGCACCCUCAGACGAAUUGUAAUUCCGAAGACGCUUGUUCUAGAGCCUAACUAUGAUGGUUCAUUUCAGAAAGAAGCUGAGGCUUAUCUUCCUUUCCUUAAUGCCAAGGAAGGGAUUACUAUCAACAUGCUCGAUAUGGAUGGGGUUCACGAAUGGUGUUUCAAAUUCAGAUUCUGGCCAAAUAAUAGUAGUAGGAUGUACGUGCUUGAGUGCACCGGUGAUUUUGUGAAUACGCAUGGCUUGAAACCUGGGGAUUAUAUUAUAUUGCACCAAACUGCUGAAAGUGAAAAAUAUAUAAUUGAAGCUAAGAAAGCUGGAUCAAGUCCACAGAAAACUUGA